AUGGUCCUUUGUACUUCUGUUGUCACAAGUAGAGACGCUGUUCCUAAGUCAGAGAUGGGCUCCGAUCAUUUACGGGAACUACCCAGAGGAAUUGUUCGAUCCUUGCUGAUACCAAGGUUCAGUUCUGGUGUGGUUGAGGACUACGAUGAGAAACAAAUGCUCUUACAGGAAAUGACUGAAUUGAUGGAGGAGGAAAUAAGGGUGCAAGAAGAAAACAGGGAACAGAGCAACACACAAGAGAUAAAGGCCAAGGAAAUAAGAAAGAGAGCUUUAGAAAAUUUGAAAUUGAAGAAAGAUGAAGACAAUGACAGAGAGGAUUUCACUCCCACUAAAAAGAGAAAUGUUAAUACUGAUGUUUUAAUGUUUCUAAAGGAAAAAAGUACAACAAAAAAGGAAUUGAAACAGGAGGAACUGGAAAUUAGAAGAGAGGAGUUGAAACUGAGUAGAACAAAAUUCCAGUUGGAACGACAGGAACGGUUACAAAAAUUAGAAGUUGAGAAAUAAGUCUAUGUUGAUGAUGGAACUGAUAAAACAACUGAAGAAAUGAAUUUGAAUAUUUCAUUACAUUUUAAUAAAUAAAUAAAACUAGAAG